UGGACGAAAGCGAUGUCCUAGGUCGCAUUUCUCGGUAGGCCCUAACUUUCUUCAAUGCAGGAUUUUGACGUUUACCCGGCUCGUAAGGCAUGACAAGGGUGGUGUUACGGUAGAAGAAACAAGUAUGGCUAACCCGAAAUACCGGGACUGGAUUCUAGAGACGAUUGAUCAGCUGCGGAAGAGAAAAGCUCGGCCGGACCUCGAGCGCAUUUGCCACAUGGUAGAACGAAAACACGGGCUGAGUUCACGAGAGACGGAAGCGCAACUAGAAAAGCUGGUUGACUCAGAAAUAGUGAUAAAAGUAGACUAUAAAGGCAACACGAGCUAUAGAAAUGGGGCCAAAUGGAAGAAGAGUCAUUUAGGAGGGGUUGUUUUGAAUUCCAGCACAGCUAGCAAAAGACUUCACGAUGCGAUCACUGAACUCAGUCAUAGCCAACCCACUCAGAAUCAGGAAACGGAACGGUUCGGGAUAAGUAUACGUGACAUUAAAAACUGGCUGCAAUCGAAUUUUGACGACGAAGUGCCACUGAAAAGUCCAAUUAAUAUUGUGCUUCAGAGGGAAAUUGAUGCAGGAAGGAUUGAAAAAUUACAGAAUGGGAAUUUUUCUUUACCAUCAUCUGGGCAUAAAGUGACGAGGCCUAAAACUUUGGAUGUUAAACAAAUCGCCGGCACUCCGUCAAGGAGAGGACGGCCCCCGAAAAACAAGAACCUUGGCUUUAAAAAGCCUCCGAAGGUGCGGAAGAGUUAUGGGUCUGAGGAGGAAGUGGUGGAGUCGGUCAACGCCUCCCCGCCAGUGCUGGAGAACCGAUGUGACUUCUGUCAGCUGACUGCCGCCUCCAACCGGAGGGGCCGAUCAGAGAAACUACUCAUAUGCAAGGACUGCAUUGCAAAAGCUCACCCAUCAUGCAUGGACUACUCGGUGGCGCUGGCUCGGCGGGCACGCAAGAUCCCCUGGCAGUGCAUUGACUGUAAGACCUGCUACAUCUGUGAUGACGCAGGGGAUCCGGAUUUGAUGUUGUUCUGUGAUGGGUGUGACAAGGGCUAUCACACCAACUGCCAUGAACCGCAGGUCAAAGAAAAACCCUCAGGCAAGUGGGUGUGCACGGAGUGUGAGACAGACGGAGUGUCGGCGGAGGCUCUCGACUCACAGGAGGCAGCUAAGGCAGCCAGCAAGGAGCUGUCCAUUAAAACAGACACUGAAACAGACAAGUUGUGUACCUCAGAGCCUGGUCCGUCCUUCCUCCAUACGCCCUGCGAUUCCCCUGUGGAAAACAUGGAGGUUGACAACCAUAGCUAUUUUAAGGAGGAGGUGAAACCGGUGAAGAAAUCCACAGAGCCCCUCCCGAAGGAGCCCUGUUUAGUGGACAGCGUGUACCCAGACGCCUCGGACUGGACAAUAGACGAAGUGGUCCUCUUCUUCAUGUCCGUGGGCUUCGAGGCGCAGGCGGAGGCGUUUCGAGAACAGGAGAUUGAUGGCAAGUCUUUGCUCUUGAUGAAGAGGAGCGAUGUGUUAACAGGUCUGUCAAUCAAGCUAGGACCCGCCCUCAAGAUCUACCGACAUGUUGAGUGUCUUCAGACUGCAGGACAAGAUCAGACCAUGCACUGAGCAGGUGCUUGUCCUGUGUAUAGACAGUGGGAGAUCAGACUGUACUGAACAGGUGCUGUACAGACAAUGGGAAACGAUAAGACCAUCCACUUAACUGGUGCUUGGGCUGUGUAUAGUGUCUACAGACCUUGGGUGAAUAUUCAAGCCAUGUACUGAACAGGUGCUUGUACAGACCGUGGGAGAUCUGACCAUGUACUGAACAGGUGCUGUACAGUGUACAGACCAUGGGAGAUCAGACUGUACUGAACAGGUGCUUGUACAGACCGUAGGAGAUCUGACCAUGUACUGAACAGGUGCUGUACAGUGUACAGACCAUGGGAGAUCAGACUGUACUGAACAGGUGCUUGUACAGACCGUGGGAGAUCUAACCAUGUACUGAACAGGUGCUGUACAGUGUACAGACCAUGGGAGAUCAGACUGUACUGAACAGGUGCUUGUACAGAUCGUGGCAGAUCUGACCAUGUACUGAACAGGUGCUGUACAGUGUACAGACAAUGGGAGAUCAGACUGUACUGAACAGGUGCUUGUACGGUGUGGAGAGACCAUGGGAAAAGUCAGAUCAUGCACUGAAUGUUUGUGCUGUGUAGAGACCAUUGGACAGUGGGGCCAUGCACUGAACAGGUGCUUGUGCCGUGUAUAGUGAAGAUAGUGAUAUGACCAGACUGUAUGUUGAACAACUGUUAGUGCUAUGGUAUUAGGAGGAUUAAAGGGAGCAGUGCUCAGGUUUUACUGAGUGAUGGUCACCGAUGGAGAUUAUUUGCAUAAUCUUGCUUCAUUCAUCUGCAUUCCACUUAUAAUAGAUGCUUCUUGGUAUUUGAUCUUGUUUUGAAUACCCAUUACGAAUACACAGAAAAUGUCAGGAAUGGUGUUGAAUACAUAUUGAAAGAUAAUGGAAACGCUUACACUUUGGUCACUCUGAUGCAAGACCAAGUGGAGGUAAGCAGAAGACGUAGGGAAGGCUUGGGAGGAGUACUUACUUCAUUCACCGGAAUCAAGUCAUGCUCGGGACGGUGAACCUGUGAAGCAUGUCGGGGAUGUGGUAACCAAUUAUAGUUGGUGUGUGAUUGCCUUUUGACUUCUCAGCAGCUAUCUUGGGUCGGAGAAGUCAAAAUGUUUUUAUUUCAGGGAAUUUGUAUGUUUUCUGGGAAAUGAUUCGAAAGGUUUCUUUUGUCCAAAUAAGAUAAAAAUAUAAUAGGUCGAAGAAUGAGUGGAGUAGUCACCUGUUAUUAUGCAAGCUAGUUAAAUGUAUUAAGUAUCAAUGAAACAUGUUUUUGAAAAUGAAGAAAUUGCACUGGAUGACCGCCAUUGUUGUUGGAGUGGCUCCAAGCUCCUCACAGUGAUAGCCCGUUUGCGGAGCUCUCUAUACUAUCACUGCCACCAGUGAAAGCUCCCCACUGUGAUAGGUGGCUGCAACCAUGCUUGGAGUUGAACUCACACCCAACUGUUUUAUAUACAAACAAGUUACGACUGCCGUAAUGCCGAAUACACUUACCCCUGCUAAAUUGUUUUCUUUGUUUGGCAAUUUGAUUACUGUGAUUGCAACUCUCAUGUAAUUGAUAUAAUAAGAAUGUGAGGGGAAAGUUGGUUGAUUUUCCGUUCGUCUGCAAUCUCGAAUCAAUUUGAGCAAACAAACAAAAAGUUAACUUCAUCUGGGAAAUAUGGUCAGUGGUAAACAUUUUCAAACUUCACUGUGAUGGCAUUCCCAUAGACAAACAAAAGUAUAAACAUUACUACAUUUGGGGUUAGAGGGCAAAUUUCAAGAUUCUUGUAACAGCUGUGCCCAUACUGGUGGCAGCAUUACCGAGAGUGUAACGAAGGUGUCACGCGCUGGGAUGGAGCUUGGAGUGGUUCUUGUGACUAUUUGCGACAGUUGAUCAAUGAAAGGAGUUUCAGAAAGUGUGAGGAUUGGUAUAGAGACUGUUACUAGCCAGUCUAGGGGUGGAUUCUGAGGAUCUGCAGUUCACCAUAUUUCCAUAAUAGUUGAAAAAUGUAGGUAAGGCCACUGUAAAUUAUUUGUUAGAUUUUCAUAAAAAAAGUGGACAGGGGGCUCUAUAUUUUGUAUGAUUUUGUAUGAGAUGAGAUUACUUCAUGAUCCAUAGUAGCACAGUAGACAUACAUUCUGCAAGAUCAAACAUGCAUUUUACUACUGAUUGAUGCUUAUAUGGGACCGACCAAUUGGUAUGGGAAGGGGGAGCUGUCUUUGUAUGGAGACUAGAUAGAUAUUCAGCUAUAGCUGAAAACUGAAAACCCAGAUAUGUUUGUUUUUAACACUAUGAGCUUAAAUAUUUAUUUUUUAUAUAAAAACUCCUUCUUGCAACAAUGUUUUUUUUGUGGUUGACAAUUUCAUUCUUUUUUCAACACUUUAAAAAUGCCAAUGAAACCAUUAAAUCUGAAGCAUAGUUAUUUAUUAUUAUUUUUGUUCCAGUAUUUUCUGGGACAGUAUAUUUUUUCCGAUCAAGUCCAGCCCCUCUCAGAAAAUCAAAUGGUCGGUUCCAUAGCAACUUUUAGUCUAACAAUCGGGUUUUCACAAAGUUUGGAUUUGUAGAAUUCUGGGUAAGCUCAUCAGUCUCUCAAGACAAAAACUGGUCUGGCAUUCCUAAGAUUGUUCAGUUGACAAUGAAUUUAUUUUUGUAUGUUUAAAUUUACAUUGGUUGCAGUCAACAAUGGCAUGCGUAUUUGAUUAUCCGUAAAUAAAUAACUGAUUUCGCUGUUAUUAUUUAGGGGCAGCAUUGAGUUGUGCUAUCUAUUUAGAUGAAUUAUGUAUACAGUUGAACCCUGUUAAUCCAAACGGUAGCGUUUUCGCUGAAAUACGGUGUAAGGAUCCAUACAGAAAUGGUUAUCUCUGUAAUGGUUAAAACUACUCAAAAGAAGUUAAGGACCAUCCAAUUCUUUUAUAUUACCAUGGUUAAUCUGUCAUGUCAGUCCUUAACUUCUUUUAAAUAGUAUAUUAAAGAAAUUGUUAUCCAUAAGUUGUGUCUACUUUGAAAUGCUCCGGAUAAACAUAUUUUCCGAUUAUGGAAUAAUUUCAUUUUGUAUGCAUAUAAGCAUUUCCGGAGUACUCAUCAGAAAUUUGAGUUUUCAGGAUUACCUGAAAUGAGGUUUCACUAUGUAUAUAUAGGGAUGGUGAUUGUAUGACAUGGUGAUUGUCAUUGAUUGGUUGCAGAUCAAUUAAAUCAGAGAAUGAAAUUUAGUGUGUGAACAUAACCUUGUGAUAUUUGACAUAUGCAGUUCAGAUUUAUAUAAAAUCAUUCCUGGUGUCUCUAGUAGUCUAGUGAGUUAAAAACUAUAUUUGUCAUGUGUUGAUAUAAGUUAUUAAUGGCCCAAAAUAUGGGUGGUAAAAAAAAAACCCAAAAUCCAAAUUAAGGACUUUUUGAGAAUUUUAUUUUUCCGGGGGGGGUGGGGGCAACAGUUUGAGCUGAAGUUUCUGCAUAUUCUGUCAUCGUUGAAAACAUCAACAAAUAUUUGCUGGGAAACUGGAGGAGAUCCUUUCUAUUGCCACUUCAGAAGUACCUUUAGUUUAUGCCCCAAAUAGCAAUAAGUAUUGUGGCAUAGACAGUCCUUGUAGGACACCUCAUUGUGAAAUCAUCCUCUCAAGUAUAUUUGUCAAAAGUCAUUCUAUUUCCUUUCUAAUUUAAAUGGUUUUUAUUUUGGUUGGUUUUGUAAGCCAUCUAUUAAUAUACAAAAGGCCUAAGGGGUGUUAAGUAUUUUAGACUGAGAGAAAACAUGGUUGAUAUGGCGUAUGACUUGCAGCAGAAUGGUGUAGUAUUGAUUAUAUUAGCCUAACACAUGUACAUUGUUAGUGAAUGGAUUUGUUCAUCAAGAUAUGGGUUAUGCAACAACAUAAUAUUCCUCUGAUCUUGGUAUUAUUUGUCCAAAAUAUGGAUUAUCCGCGAAUUUAAGUGGUGGCUCUGUGGCCGAAUGAUUAUUAGAUUGAAUUUGAAAUAAUUCUUGUAAUAAUAGAUGCCAUAAUAUUAAAUUGUGUCAAUCCAGGAAGAUUCUGUAUAUAUGAACCGACACAAAUAAAAGGGUGGUCUUUUUAAGUACACACUCUACCUUAUAUCACAAACUGGCUUAAAUUUAGUUUAAGCUGGUGUUAAUAUAUUGUCCAAUACUAAUCCAAUAUUUCAUUUUGUUUUGUUUUAAAAGUUUUGGACUUAAGUUAUCCAGAGACUGUUGUGUCUGUGUUUUCAUACCAUUUGUUUUGACAGACGUUUUUUGUAUUUAUGCACAUAGGCUGUACAAAGUGUAUGGCGGUCCGUGGCUAUGUGAAUUGCUUGACUAAUUACAUGCUCCAAUAUCCA